AUGGCUGGAGAUAUAGUCUAUGCAGACAUCAAAACUGUGAGGACUUCCCCUUCAGGAUGUUCAUCUCCACCUCAAAAAUCUGAUUGUCACCAUCAUGGAAUUUUCAUGAAAGUUGGAUGUGUAAUGAUCAUCAUCCUCCUGGGAAUAGUAAUUACACUGAGCAUUUUUGUUGUCCAGUUUCAUUCUGCAAGACAUUUGCAAGUGGAUAAUGAAGGAAAAACAAAACCCUGUGCCAGGGGAAAUAAAUCUGGAACAAUCUCCUCAAGAGUUUCUUCUAACUUUUCCACUGUCCAUAAAUCUUGCCCCACAAAAGACUGGAAGCUGCUUGGGGGGAAAUGUUACUGGGUUGCUGAAACUAAGGAAACUUGGGACAGAAGUCAAGAUGAAUGCACCAAGAAAAAUUCCCAUCUCAUAGUGAUUCAAGACUUUAUUGAUAUGAGUUUCCUAUGGCUGUACCUAAAUUUUUCAGCCUCUUAUUGGAUUGGCUUGAAAACUACAUCUGAAGUGAAAUCAUGGACCUGGGUGGACAAUAGCUCUUUCGACCUCAAUCAUUUGUUUUUGAUAAACACAAACAAACAAAGGACCAGAAGCAUGAAAUGUGCUGAGGUGUCUGGCAGGAGUAUUGUUCUGCAAAACUGUCAGAAUCACAAUCAGUGGAUCUGUGAACUGAGUGAGUCUUCAUUUCUGUGACUGAAAGUCAAACUCCACAAGAAGUCUGAACUCCCAGGAAACCCAGAGAGUUAUAUGUGUCCUGGGGGCUGUGUCUAUUCAUGUAUGUCUCUGUGUGUGCAUGCUAAUUUAUGAUUCACGUGAGUAUAAGCCUACUUCUUACA